AUGACCGAACCACUGUCAAAUAAUGAAUUCUGGAUGACAAACUUACCCGAGAGGAACCAAAAAUGGCUACUGAAAAAUAUUGCUAUCCCAGGUUCCCACAACUCUUUCACAUUUGACCUGACAGAUUGUAAUCCAGUCUGCAAAAGUUCACUAGAGCCAUUUCUCCAAGGUAUAUGCAGUUUAGGGUUCGUUCAGACCAUCAUAUUCAACUGGUCUGUCUGUCAGACAUUGACUGUGCAUGAUCAGUUGAAACUAGGAAUUCGUUACUUCGAUAUUAGGAUGGCUUGUAAACCUGAGUGUGGUGAUUUGAAUUGUGUACAUGGGCUCUACUGUGACUGCAUCAAGUAUUAUCUUAAUGAGAUUAAAAAAUUUCUCGUCACUCAUCCUAAAGAAAUUGUGAUACUUGAUUUUAAUCAUUUUUAUGACAUGCAAAUGGAUGACUUCAAAAGACUUUGUAAAGAAAUCAAAGAGAUGUAUGGGUCUUUGGUUCUUAUAAACUUUGAGGCAAACAACAUCCCUGGCUACACCGACAUCAUUUGGCAGAGAGGUACCGUUAAUUCUAUCUGGCCUGAAAAAAGUUCAGUCAACGAAGUUAUUGGGGUGCUAGAAAACCACUGGAAUUCUACUCAGAAAAGUACUAUGUUCACUGUUCUGCAAGGAGUUCUGACCCCUACCACUAAUUUCGUUUUCAUGAAUUUGGCUGGCACCUUGAAGACUUCACUGGCCCACGUAGGGAUGUGCAAGACUUUCAGUGAGUGGAUAGUUAGCAGGCAGGCAUUGCUCGAUGAGCAGACAUUAGAAAAUAGAACACAAGCCAAUAUCUUUUUAGCCGAUUUUGUUGAGUCUGCAGAUUUCGCUGAUAAUGUAAUUGCUCUAAAUUUUGCUGGAAAGGAUUGUUAA